AUGGCCUUAUACCCUUUGACGGGAGCCCGCAAGCUCAUCUUUUACUACAACGUUGUCUCCACAACGCUAUGGUUCUGCUGCUUCUGCCGUUUCCUCAUCUUGCUUCCUUUGGUGGGCAGAAAGUUCUUACCUGCUGGUAUUGCUGAUUUCUUCCAUGUGGUCAGCGUGUUUCCACUCAUUGGAUGGACCUUAGUUGCUGCGUUGGCCAAGCCCAACUUCACUUUGAACGAUUUGUGGGGUUUAUUUGAUGCUGUCAGAAUGAUCUGGAUGUGCUACGGCGUGAUCUACCCUCAUCCCAAGAUCGCCAAGCACACGUCCUAUUCAUUCCUUAUUCUGGGUUGGUGUAUCCAGAAUAUGAUUGAUUGCUUCUACCAUGGCUUCAAGACCAAAACCAGAACCUCUCCAUUAUGGUUGUUUUGGCUCCAUCAUCACCACUUCUACCUCACAUUCUUCGUGAGCUGCAUCAGCGAGAUGAUUCUAGUGUUUUUGAGUCUUGGCUUCGUUCAAAACGACUGGCAUGAACUUGUGCUCAAAGCAUGUAUUUUGGCAUACGUGCCGGUGGGCUAUUUUCUUUUUGGGUACCUCCGGGACAGAAAGGCUACUACAUAUGAUGCAUUCAUGGAGAAAAGAAACCGAGGCCGUGUUCAGUCCCAAGAGCUUCCUCGCGUACAGCAACCUUCAUCUGCUGUUGCCAGGUAA